AGAGAGAGAGAGAGAGAGAGAGAGAGAUUCUCAAACAGGAUAAACCGGUAUGUGGUAAGUCUUACUCAGAUGUACUCCAAAUCGUUGCGUACACACGCUCCAUAUGCAAACACAACUCUUUUUUUUUUUAUUUUUAAAUCUGACUGUUCAUUGAGAACAUUCACAUCAAGAACAUUCCCUGUUAGAGGAUCUCAAGUUACAUAGAAACUGCUUACAAAAAAAACCCCACUCUGAAUCAAAUCGGCUUAUAAUUUCUAACACACUGCAUUUGGCCUGUAGUGGCUGAGCCUCAUGACUUCAGGGGGAGAUUGUCCUCUGAACCAAGACCAUAAGACAACUUUGCAGCAUUUUGGCUUCAUCCUCAGGGCUUCAAGGAAGUGACACUUUAACAAUUUGCAUGCAAUCUGGCUGGACUCAAGAAAAAGUUAGUCAAAGAUGAGUGGAGAAGCCUUUGUUUGUAAUGACAGCUUCAAGACGCUUCCUGUAUGAAGAAAUUAAUCGGCUGCAGUAUUCAGGUGUGAUUUUGGCCCAUUCUUCUAAACAUAUUGUCUUUAAAUCUUGUUCAGUUGGAUUCCAGUCGGGUGAUGGACUGGGCCAUUCUAAUGCCUUGAUUUUUUUCUCUCUGCAACCAAUUGAGAGUUUCCUUUGCUGUAUGCUUUGGAUCGUUGUCCUGCUGGAAGUCCACCCACAUCUCAUCUUCAUCAUCCUGGUGGAUGGCAGCAGAUUUUUCUCAGGAAUCUUCUGAAAUCUUGUGAGGAGCUCCUGUGCGUUGCCGGUUGAUGACGGAGUGAUGUUGCUUCCACUUGCGGAUAAUGGCCACAAUGGUGCUUACUGGAAGAUUCAGAAGUUUUCCAUCAAUAUGUAUAGCAACAAUAAGGAUAAGAACAUAUCCAAGAGCACACAUUCUGCAGAAGUUCCAUGCACAUUGUCAGUCUCUUGCGGCCAACGGCAAUGCAGGAUAUCAAAGGGAAUUUGAGGAGCUGUGUGACAAUGCAAAGGAGUUCUCAUGCAGGGCUGGAGAGCUGGAUGCCAAUAAAAACAAAAACAGAUAUCCUUUCAUUUUACCCUAUGACCACUGCAGAGUUAAGCUGUCUUUAUUAGAGUCACAACCACACUCAGACUACAUCAAUGCCAGCUAUGUGCCUGGCGGCUGUACAGAACAUGACUUCAUCUGUACUCAGGCUCCUUUGCCAUCAACAAUGGCUGAUUUCUGGCGCAUGGUCUGGGAGCAAAAUGUGCAGGUUAUCAUCAUGAUGACAGCACUAAAAGAGAGUGACAAGGUGCUGUGUAAUCAGUACUGGCCUCCUGAGAGAGGCACUGGCUGUUAUGGGGCUCUGCAGGUCACCACCAUGUCCCGUCAUCAUGGUCCAUAUUGCUACAUCACCACCAUCCACCUACGACAGCAUGGCAGCCCUACAGAUAGACACAUAACGCAUUACUACUACCCUGGCUGGCCUGAUCAGGGUGUUCCAAAGGACCACACCUCUCUCAGCAACUUCACUGAGCAUGUGCGGAAGCUGCUGGAUGAUAUUCCACGCUUAGGCCCCACAGUCGUUCACUGCAGUGCAGGCAUAGGUCGCUCUGGAACAUUUGUAGCAAUACUGUGGUUGAUGCAACUCUGUGCAAGGGGGAUUCCGCCUGAUGUACAUCUCGCUGUCCGAGACCUGCGCAGACACAGAGUGUUGAUGGUGCAAAAUGUGGAGCAAUACAUACUUGUGCAUCAGUGUCUACUUCACUGGCUAGCUGGGAACACGGAGAGACCAAAGACCCGGAAUACUGUGGUGCAUUUCCAGGCAGCACAGCCACAAACAGACAGGCAAUCCAGAAGGGAACGGAAAAAGCAGAGGAGAAAUUCUGGCCAUACACACCGCCCUGAGUCCACUCACUCCUCUCUUCAAGUGUCACACACCCCCCAGCCUCAGCACACAGCAUGGCAAUCCCUACGGGAUUCCCUGCACGCUUUUAACCCUGGAAAACUCCUGCAGAGGAUAAUGCCUCCGUCUUCCCAACUCACCAACUCACAAACACAACUGUAGGGCAGAUACACACACACACACACACACACACACACACAGACACACACAGGUACUCACUAGCAAUGCAUACAGUGGUCUAUUGUUAGAGUAGUGUUCAAUAUGUAGCUGAGUUGCCGAUUUUGUCUCAGAACAUGUCAAAGAAACAUGACUCAUAUUUAGUGCUUAGCUAGGAUUUCAGUUUGUGUACAGUAACCAAAAUAAACAACAGCGGCUGUGUGACUUGUUUCACCUGAAACAAAUCAUGCUAAAUAGAUAGCUGUUAGCCAGAAAGCAGGAUAAACAAAAUAAGCUUCUGUAAUUGACACUUUUGUCAUAGUUUAGAUUUUACACCAUAAUGUAAAUAUAGUAAAAUUAAAUACAAAUUAUAAUAAAAAAUAGUGUCUUUUGUAAGAAUUGGACUUUCACAUUUUGUGUAAAACGGGGAACUUAAUAUCCUCUGAAACUUACUUGGAACCCAUUCUUUCCCUCAAGGGAAACACUUAGGGUUAUACACAGAGGGACAACGAAGGAACCCUUAAUGGUUCCACAUUUUCUACAAGUGUAGAUACACGAAAUAUUGGACAGGAAAUAUGCAUAGUUUUCAGAAGUAUUCACUCCUAUAACUCAAAACCACAACUGACAUGUGCUGCACAAUUACAGCUGCACAUUUUUGGAGACUCUGCCAUUUUUGCCCAUUCUUCUUGCCAAUAUUGCUUGUAAAGAAUCGGAUUUAGGUCUGGGCUUUAACUGAGCUAUUCUUAAAUAAUCAGGGAGUGUGCGUAGAUGUGAAGUAGAAUUAUUAACGCAACAAAAACUUCAUUUUCAGCCUCGACCAACAAUGUAAACUUGCGAGUCAAGGUGAAGUAGUGAGGAUCUUCCUAAUGUGAGGGUGCUAAAAACUGUACAGCUUGGAUAAACUUCCAGAAUUUGAAUUGCAACUUACAUGUAAUUACAUGCAUUAAUAAAAUUAACACCUGCUACAAUCACAUGUUAAAAUAAAUCUUUCCAAAAUGUUUAAAAUAGCAGUAAUAUUGUAUUUAAAUACUUUUAUAAUCAAGUGUCAAGUGUAAAUAUGUUUGUGUUUUGUGUAGCUACAAUUAACACUGGGAUGAUUUAUGGGAAAUGUUACAGGCCACAUGUCUAUUGUAUAUUUACCGUUGUUUUCUGCGAUUUUUAUGAAAUUAGAUGAAACAUUCUAGUUUGUUUUGCCUGAAUACCAGCUUAGCUUCACUGGUGUGGAAUUACACUAUGUCUAGUAAGCUUACAUUCUGUGUUAUCACAUAGUGUUUGUUUGCAAGAAAAGCAUGUUUUUGGAAUACAUGCAUAUUCUUUUUUAAGAGCAUGGGUUUAGUUUGACACAAAUUUAAGGAACUAAAAAAAUAUUAAUAAUAUACAUUAGAUUUAAAACAAUAUUAAAAACAAUAUGAACUCACCAUUAAUGACGACAAAAUAAAUCCAAUUCAAUCCAAAAUAAAUCUAUAAAUGAAGACAACAACAAAAAACUAGCCAUUUAAUUAGAACAAAAGACACCUUAUAAAAUGAGAGUUGAAUCUUUUUGUUUUCCACAUCUGCUACUAGGAAUAUUUCCAUGACUAACAUAUUAACACUAUACUGAAGGAUAGUAAGGAAUUUCACUGUUGUUUUUCUGUUCUAGUUGUAUACAUUUUUUAUCAUUCACUUAUUGCUGUUAUUAAAUGAAUAAAUAUUACAAUUUCAGUUACAUUUUCA